AUGGCUCCCGACCCCAGCAGACGCCUCUGCCUGCUGCUGCUGCUGCUCUUCUGCUGCCUUGUGCCUGCCAGGGCUGAUGGGAAUUCCCUGAAUCCCCUGAAUCCCCUGAAUCCUCUGAAUCCUCUGAAUCCUCUGGGGUGGCUGUGGUCCCCCAAGACCGAGGAUUCCUUGGACACACCAGACUCCCAGCCCCAGAUCAGUUCACCUGUGCAGUCCACAGAGAACCCCACCACUCACCUGGUCCCCCAGGAUGGCCUCACAGAACAACAGAUGACUCCUGCUAACCCCAAGCUGCCCCCGGAGGAUCAGGAAGCCGUCCAGAGGGGGACCCCUGCAACCCCAGCCAUCCCCAUCCUGCCGUCGGCCUCUGCUGCGAGCCCGGACACGAAGGAGGAGAAUGUUGCCGGCGUUGGAGCCAAGAUUCUGAAUGUGGCUGAGGGCAUUCGAAGCUUCGUCCAGCUGUGGGAUGAGGAUGCCACUACUGAGAACUCCACCAGCACAGAUGCCUCAGCUGCCUCAGUCCCUACAGUCCACCUCACUCCUGCUGAGCUCUCCAGUGGUCCCCAGGAGAGUGAGACCACUCUCUGGCCAAGCAGUGGUGUUCCAAGUUCUCCAGAUGUUCAGACAACCGAGGCUGGCACGCCGGCUGCACCCACCCAGCCACCUCCCUCCUUGAGCAGCCUCCAGGAACCUCUGGGAAGACCCUCGGCACCCACAGGUAGACGGGUUCUCUCUUCUGCACGAAUCAGGGCUCCUCCCUGGGGGAGCCAGGACCCCCCCAGGCAGCCCCAGCAUCUGGAGGAGGAAGGACUCCUCCCUACGACAUCCAGGUCCAGCCAGCAGCCCGGACACUCUGAUGUCCAUCCUGACAUCCACAGGCACAUACCUGCUCUGCUUCCCCUGGUGACGGGUCCCUUGGUGACGGGUCCUCUGGUGACGGCUUCUCUGAGGGUGCACCGUUUCCUCUCUGUUCCUUCCUCUGACCCCUCAGCCCAAAUCUCUCAAGUAGCGGCUUUGCCCGGGUUCCCUGGUGCUUGGGUUUCCCACGUGGCUACCCCUCCAGGGCCUGAGCUUUCCAAUGACUCUGCACUGCUGGGAACUGGCUCUCUGACCUCCACCAGCCGAUGCCUGCCCCUGCCGCCCGCUCUGACCAUCUGCGGCCGCCUAGGUAUCGGACACUUCUGGCUGCCUAAUCAUGUACAGCACACAAACAGCGAGGAGGUAGAGGCCGCUGCGCAGGCGUGGGGGCGGCUCCUUUAUACAAGCUGCCAUCCCUUCCUUGCCUGGUUCUUCUGUCUGCUGCUGGCCCCCUCCUGUGGCCCAGGCCCACCACCUGCCCUGCCACCCUGCCGUCAGUUCUGUGAGGCCCUGGAAGAUGCGUGCUGGACCUACCUAGACGGGGGCAGGCUGCCUGUCAUCUGUGCCUCUCUCCCCUCUCAGGAGGACGGGUACUGUGUGUUCAUUGGGCCAGCCGCAGAGAAUAUUGCUGAGGAGGUGGGGCUCUUGCAGCUCCUUGGGGACCCUCUGCCCCAGCAAAUCUCCCAAAUCAACGACCCUGAUGUCGGGGCAGCGUACGUCUUUGGACCGGACUCCAACAGCGGCCAGGUGGCGCGGUAUCACUUCCCUAAACUGUUCUUCCAUGACUUUUCACUGCUGUUUCACGUUCAGCCAGCCACCAAGGCUGCGGGGGUGCUGUUUGCCAUCACAGAUGCCGCCCAGCUGGUGGUCUCGCUGGGUGUGAAGCUCUCGGCGGUUCACGAUGGACACCAGAACAUCUCACUGCUCUACACAGAGUCUGGUGUCAGCCAGACCCAGACGGGUGCCAGCUUCCGCCUACCUGCGUUUGUCGGCCAGUGGACACACUUUGCGCUCAGCGUGGAUGGAGGCUCCGUGGCUCUCUACAUAGACUGUGAAGAGUUCCAGAGAGUACCGUUUGCUCGGUCCCCACAGGGUCUGGAGCUAGAACAUGGCUCCGGCCUCUUUGUGGGUCAGGCUGGAGCAGCAGAUCCUGACAAGUUCCAGGGGAUGAUCGCGGAGCUGAAGGUACGCAGCACCCCCCGGGUGAGCCCUGUGCACUGCUUGGAUGAAGAUGAUGAUGAUGAAGACAGGGCAUCUGGAGAUUUUGGAAGCGGCUUUGAAGAAAGCAGCAAGACACACAGGGAGGAGCAUACACCUCUGCCACCAAGACUCCCCCAGCCACCCCCUGUCACUUCCCCGCCCUUGGCCGGAGGCAGCAUCACAGAAGAUUACAGAACAGAAGAAACAGAGGAAGAAACCAUGGUCAAUUCUAUAGGAGCUGAGACCCUUCCUGGCACAGACUCAAGUGGUGCAGGGGAUGAGAGUGUCCAGAACCAUGGAGGUGGCUUGUUAAAGGGAGGUCUGAAAGGACAAAAGGGAGAGCCAGGUGCUCGGGGCCCGCCUGGCCCAGCUGGGCCCCAGGGUCCUGCAGGCCCGGUGGUACAGAGCCCCAGUGUACAACCUGUCCCGGGAGCACAAGGACCCCCGGGACCUCAGGGGCCACCGGGGAAGGAUGGCGCGCCAGGAAGGGAUGGCCAACCGGGUGACCCCGGUGAAGACGGGAGACCGGGUGACACUGGACCUCAAGGCUUUCCAGGGACCCCAGGUGACGUGGGCCCCAAGGGUGAGAAGGGAGAUCCUGGUAUGGGGCCUCGAGGACCUCCAGGACCUCCAGGGCCUCCAGGACCCUCCUUCAGACAGGACAAGCUGACCUUCAUCGACAUGGAGGGAUCAGGCUUCAGUGGAGACCUGGAGAGCCUCAGAGGCCCACGAGGCUUCCCUGGCCCCCCAGGACCCCCUGGUGUCCCAGGACUGCCUGGUGAGCCAGGGCGCUUUGGGGUCAACAGCUCCUACGCUCCAGGACCUGCAGGCCUUCCUGGUGUACCAGGAAAGGAAGGGCCCCCAGGAUUUCCUGGUCCCCCGGGACCUCCAGGUCCUCCAGGCAAAGAGGGCCCACCAGGAGUGGCCGGCCAGAAAGGCAGUGUCGGCGAUGUGGGCAUCCCAGGACCCAAGGGGAGCAAAGGGGACCUUGGGCCUGUCGGUGUACCUGGAAAGCCUGGCUUGGCUGGACCCAGUGGGCCAGCUGGACCUCCAGGACCCCCAGGACCCCCAGGGCCUCCAGGACCACCAGGACCAGGAUUUGCUGCUGGAUUUGAUGACAUGGAAGGCUCUGGAAUACCCUUCUGGUCAACAGCCCGAAGCUCCGAUGGACCGCAGGGACCCCCCGGAUUGCCAGGACUCAAGGGGGAUCCUGGAAUGACAGGGCCACCUGGAGCCAAGGGAGAAGUCGGUGCAGAUGGAUCCCAGGGCAUGCCUGGCCCCCCAGGAAGAGAGGGUGCAGCUGGGCCCCCGGGGCCAAAAGGAGAGAAAGGGAGCCAGGGAGAAAAGGGAAACCCAGGAAAAGAUGGAGUGGGGCAGCCAGGCCUCCCUGGACCCCCAGGACCUCCAGGGCCGGUGGUCUAUGUGUCGACUGAGGAUAGAGCAGUAGUGACCACGCCAGGACCUGAGGGCAAGCCAGGGUAUGCAGGCUUUCCCGGACCUGCUGGACCGAAGGGUGAUCUGGGUUCCAAAGGCGAGCGGGGUCUUCCAGGGCCUAAGGGUGAAAAGGGAGAACCAGGCGCCUUCUUUAGCCCUGACGGCAGAGCCCUGAGCCACGUCCAGAAAGGAGCCAAGGGAGAGCCAGGCUUCCGAGGACCCCCGGGUCCUUAUGGGCGACCUGGACACAAGGGAGAAAUCGGCUUCCCCGGACGGCCGGGUCGCCCCGGAACUAAUGGAUUAAAGGGAGAGAAAGGGGAGCCUGGAGAUGCCAGCCUCGGGUUCAGCAUGAGAGGAAUGCCUGGGCCCCCUGGGCCUCCGGGACCCCCCGGCCCUCCUGGGAUGCCCAUCUAUGACAGCAAUGCAUUUGUGGAGUCUGGCCGACCUGGACUACCAGGACAGCAAGGUGCGCAGGGGCCUUCAGGACCAAAGGGUGACAAAGGAGAUGUGGGCCCACCUGGGCCACCAGGGCAGUUCCCCGUUGACCUCUUCCACCUGGGAGCGGAAUUGAAGGGGGACAAGGGGGACCGAGGGGACGCCGGACAGAAAGGAGAGCGGGGAGAACCUGGCGCUGCCGGUGGAGGAUUCUUCAGCUCAAGUGUACCUGGCCCACCCGGGCCCCCUGGCCCGCCUGGUUACCCCGGGAUUCCGGGUCUGAAGGGAGAGAGCAUCCGGGGCCCACCAGGCCCUCCUGGCCCUCAGGGACCUCCUGGCAUUGGCUAUGAGGGGCGCCAGGGCCCCCCAGGCCCCCCAGGACCUCCAGGACCCCCCUCAUUCCCUGGCCCUCAUAGACAGACUGUCAGUGUUCCUGGUCCUCCGGGCCCACCCGGCCCCCCAGGGCCCCCGGGAGCCAUGGGCGCCUCUGCUGGGCAGGUGAGGAUCUGGGCCACCUACCAGACCAUGCUGGACAAGGUGCGUGAGGUGCCCGAGGGCUGGCUCAUCUUUGUGGCCGAGAGGGAAGAGCUCUACGUACGCGUUAGAAAUGGCUUCCGGAAGGUGCUGCUGGAGGCCCGGACCGCACUCCCAGAUGGCACGGGCAACGAGGUCGCUGCCCUGCAGCCCCCACUAGUGCAGCUUCACGAGGGCAGUCCGUAUACCCGGCGGGAACACUCCUACUCCACGGCGCGGCCCUGGCGGGCAGAUGCCAUUUUGGCCAACCCACCACGGCUGCCAGACCCGCAGCCUUACCCCGGGGUUCCGCACCACCACGGCUCCUACGUGUACCUGCCGCCCGUCCACCCCACCAUCUUGCCUGCCCACAAUCACCAGGACUUCCAGCCAGUGCUCCACCUGGUGGCACUGAACAGCCCGCUGUCGGGUGGCAUGCGUGGCAUCCGCGGCGCCGACUUCCAGUGCUUCCAGCAGGCCCGAGCCGUGAGGCUCUCUGGCACCUACCGUGCCUUCCUCUCCUCCAGGCUGCAGGAUCUCUAUAGCAUUGUUCGCCGUGCUGACCGUGGGUCGGUGCCCAUCGUCAACCUGAAGGACGAGGUGCUGUCUCCCAGUUGGGAUGCCCUGUUUUCUGGCACCCAGGGUCAACUGCAGCCUGGGGCCCGCAUCUUCUCUUUUGACGGCAGAGAUGUCCUGAGACACCCGGCCUGGCCUCAGAAGAGUGUAUGGCAUGGCUCAGACCCCAGCGGGCGCAGGCUGAUGGAGAGCUACUGUGAGACGUGGCGGACGGAAGCGACCGGGGCCACGGGUCAAGCCUCCUCACUGCUCUCAGGCAGGCUCCUGGAACAGAAAGCUGCGAGCUGCCAGAACACCUACAUCGUCCUGUGCAUUGAGAAUAGCUUCAUGACUUCUUUCUCUAAGUAGGGCCUCUGCCAGCUGGAAUGGUGGACAGAGGUGGUGCAAAGGUUGGACACAGUGCAGGAAACAUCUAGCCAGCGCCCGGGGCCUGGCUGGGAUACGCUCCUGUAUAGUUCACGUUUUUAUGUAAUCCUCAAGAAAUAAAAGGAAGCCAAAGAGUAUAUUUUUUUAAACAUUUAAAAUAGACUUCCUGCCCUUCCUCUCCCGCUAGAACUGGCCGGCCUGUGUCACGGUUCAUUCCUCCGUGCUUGGUAGGGCUUCCUGGUGAAGCCGGACCAUAGCUGUUGUCUCAGCAGGAGGCCAACCUAGAGUUGUUGCCUAAGACCCGCAGACUUUCUCUAGCCUGCCAUCUUUCUGGAAACAGACCCUUCAUAGAGCAGUCACCUAGAGAGAGUGCUGGGAACAGAUCCUGGGACAGCACAGGGCACUGGAUUCUCCCCUCACCACCCUGGGGCUGUGCCAAUAGCACAGGCAGGCACCUGCGCACCCAGAUGGUAACUGGGACCGUCCAGGCUGAGCACUGGGAACCAUCUCCCUGCCUCCCCCACUCUCCAGCAACACCGCUCGCUGCCAGAGCAGGUUUCCAACCUUCCCACUCAACUGUGACCCCAGAUCAGACCGUUCCCUGUCACUGUCUGCAGAGGCCAGAAGUGUGGCCAGACUUAGCCUGUGUGCUCCUUUUGCCGAGGCCCAGACAUGGCAUGGGGCCCACCCUCAGGCUUGUCUCUCCGACUGGCUUCUCUGGUGACCGACCCAUGAGAUCCCAACCAAGCCUUGGUCCUUGCUGUGUCCUUGCUCGCCAGCCAGAAGUCCACGAAUCUCACAGCAGCAGCACCAAGCACUCGUCCUAGGAGGGGACUUGUGUGCUCAGGGCCACAAGUGGCCAGUCAUAGCCACUGUGCCUGCCUCAGGCUCUGUUGUCCAAGGAUUGGGACAAAUCCAGUGGGGCUAGUUCUGUAACAAUGUGUGUGAUAUGAAGCCACUUCAAAGAGGCACCAAAUAAAAAUGACCUUUUAUACAGACA